AUGGCGGCCCCCGGACGAUCACGUUUACAGUAUUUACUGCAUCUUGCACAAGAUAAUUUAGACUUCAGGUUACCGGAAAUCAAGUCUCUUCUGACCCUCAGAGGAAGACAUUUCCAUGCCACCGAGAAAUUCGAUGAAAAGUCUCCCUUCUGGUGUCUGAAUGAUCUGUCUGAGGAGGAUGUCUGUGGAGUAAUGGCAAGAUCUGUUUGUGCCAAGUCUGCAUUUGAACUGUGGGGUCAUGGACACACACAUAGUGAGCUUAAAGAAUCCCUUCUCAAAUAUCCAACUGAAAACAUGUUACCGUACCUGCAGAAAGACUCAUCAUACAGAAUUAAUGUUUUCACCUUCAACAAAACCCUUGAGUUUGCAGAGAGAAUUAAGAAAAUUGAUGCACUGGAAUACCUUCCAUUUGAAGGCACAGUGAGUUUGAAGAACCCACAGCAUGUCUUCUGUUUACUGGAGGAUUAUGGCAUUGAUCCAAACAACAUUCCAGAUGACCCUUUCUACAUAUACUUUGGUCGUUGGAUAGCAGAUGGACAACGGGAGCUGAUCCGAUCCCACAGCGUGAAGAACAGACACUUCAUUGGAAACACUAGCAUGGAUGCUGGACUCUCUUUCAUAAUGACCAACCAUGCAAUGGUCAAAGAGAAUGACCUUGUGUUUGACCCAUUUGUGGGAACUGGGAGCUUGCUGGUAGCGUGUUCCCAUUUUGGGGCGUACGUCUGCGGCGCUGAUAUCGACUACAACACUAUUCAUGGCCGUGGAAGGUCGAGUCGUAAAGACCAGAAGUGGCGGGGGCCUGAUGAAAACAUCCGGGCCAACCUGCGACAGUAUGGAACAGAGAAGAUGUAUGUUGAUGUGAUGGUGUCUGAUGCUUCCAAACCUGUGUGGAAGAAGGGGCCUCUGUUCGAUGCCAUCAUUACGGACCCUCCAUACGGCGUUCGUGAGUCAACCAGAAGAACCGGCUCCCACAAGGACCAUAACAAACCAGCCGACGGCAUAUAUGCCGAGUCACACGUCCCUGUCUCACAGUCCUACCACUUGAGCGACAUCUUCACUGACCUGCUCAACUUCUCUGCGGAGCACCUGGUCAUGGGUGGAAGACUGGUUUACUGGCUGCCGAUUUACAGACCGGAGUACACUGAGGAGAUGAUUCCUCUUCAUCCCUGUCUGCGGCUGGUCAGCAACUGUGAGCAGACGCUGUCCAGCCAUACGUCUCGACGCCUCAUCACCAUGGAGAAGAUCAAGGAGCCAGAGGACUCGGACAGUGUGGCUCAUCUAUCAGACCCUGGCUUCAAACCCUAUCAGGCUCACAAUGCUUUCAGGGAGAAGUAUUUUAGUGGAGUCAACAAAAAGUUCGGCAAGGAAGACGUCAAUGGAGAGUGAUUGAUCCAAGCUUUGCGAAGUUUGCUGAUAUUUUGUAAUGAUAUUUUACACUCUUUUGAGAAUCAUUUUUAUCCUGAUCGUGUUUUGAAAUAAAU